AUGACGCGCGCAACGCAGACCAUUUCCCUGGCCCUUCUGGUCUCAUCUGUCUACCUUGUCUGCUUUCUCGGCCACAUUUCCUUCCCUGCUGUGGUGCAGGAACAGGUUAUCCCGGUGCUUCCGUUCUGGGCACUGGUGUCAUUUGGCGCAUUCCUCCUAUUCAAGCUCGGCUAUGGCGUGCUCACAUUCAACGAUGUCCCGGAGGCACACAACGAACUUAUGAAAGAGAUUGAGCUGGCGCGGAAAGAGUUGAAGGCUAAGGGUGUCUCGGUGGAUUGA